AGAAGCAGGAUGAAGUGGCUCAUCCAAAGCGACUCCAAUUUUUGAGAACUAAAAUAUCAAACGAGAACGACAACGAAAAGUCGCAUUCUAUCAUCUUUUUUUUACAACACCCCUUGUCUUGUCCCAUAUUCGAACAUUCCACACUUUGCCAUCAGUUGUGACGUUACAUUGUGUUGCCUAGCUGCGUUUAGAACAACAAAGUUCCACCGAUAUGAGCAGGUGAUAGUCACUCAUCACAGACUCACACCGUGACGACUACACACGCAGAGAUGUGGGACUUCGUUAUUACGCUCACUAGCUGUUUCUGCUGCGGCAGGGCCAACAAAGUGUCCCCAGUACGGGACGGAGAUGUGGAGGAAGAACCAGCACCGGGAGAGGAGGAGAUUGACCGCGGGACCACAGAAUGUUCAGUGGUCACCACACAGCCUCCAAUGUCGCAGCCUAGGCCUAGCAAGUCGUCGGCCGACGUCCUUGCUGAGCUGCGAAAAGAUGGCAUUUUACCCCUCAACACCCGGGAAGAGUCCGUCGCUUUCCAGGUGCUGCUAGUGAAACCCGCCUCCGAGCCAGACAUGCCCCCACGCCGCCCAGUGAAGCUUGAGAAACUCGAGGAAACUCUCCAGGAGAGGCGCGAACGGGUCAAGAAGGAGCCCGCGGGAUCACGCACUCAACUGAAACAGCAACUCAGCGCCGCCGCCAACAGACGAGAAGAGAUGUUGGCUGAGAGGUCUCGAAAACUUGCAGAGAGGAGAGCAAAAGCAGAGGCCAAGCGCAAGAGCACUGCCUUCGUCAUUUCAUCUGUCAGCGACACAGACGUCAUCGUUCCCCGGGACUCCGAGAAGGCACAGGCUUUGGAGAAACGUCUAAGCAAGAGGAGAGAACGCGUGGCGAAAAGGACCACUGCGGAAGACUAAGAGAAACAACAGGCAUUAGCAGCCAAUCGCAGGAGGGAGAACAGACAAGACACCGUAUGGACGGCCCAAAUGAUGAGACUGAGCACCUCGGAUCCGCUAAGGCUCGAGAUUUUUAAUCGGAAAAUAGGGAUGGGAAGAUAUACCUAGAAAGAAAUUCCAUAAAGAAAUGAAUUUGUUUGCAUACGUUAUCGACCGUCUGGAAUAUGUUGUUUGACUGAAAAUUAGAAAAAUAAAAAAAAUUGACUAUUUUUAAACAUAACGUUACAGUUGAAUUCACAUUUUUUUCUGAAAUAGGUGAAAUGUUUUCAAAAAGGUUUACAAAAGCUAACUUCUGUUAAUAGUCAGGUAUCAGCAGGUAUUAUUCUAUCUCUUUCGCCGAGAGGUGUUAAACACCAGCAUGUUGUGCAAAACUGGAAAUAAAGUUAAACUAUGGUUUCUGCAUA